CGCGAUUGUAAAAAAAGAAACCAAGAGGCACGCAGAUCUAUGAAAGCAAGUAACGCCAAAUUCUAGGUUUGGGUGGGAAACAUUUCUCUGCUCCGCACUUAACAAUCAACGGACAAAUCACCGUUAAUUCCUCCACAACUCAAAUCCAACUGCGUUUCCUUUAUUUCCCCGUCUGUUCAAAUCCCCAAAUCAAACAGUCUCGAAUUCCCUUAGGUUACCCUUCUUUCCAACCUUGAAUAGUUUAAUUUAAUUAGCAGAUCUGAUAGCAAUUAGGUUAUAAUUUAAUUAGAAAAUGUCAGAAUCAAAGGAGCAAAAUGGAGUGACAGCAGCGGAAGAUGAAGAAUCAAAUGGAGUUGAUGCUGCUCAUACCAACCAGGAAGGAGGAGAGAUGCGGCAUGUUGAAAGCAAAGAAGAUAUGUUCGAAGAUGCAACUGAUGAUAUUGAAGAGAAUCAGUUUCAAGAAAUUGUCGAUGAUGCUACUCUACUACAAGAACAUGCUACUUCUUCUCCUUCUAUUGAUGAAUUAAAAGCAAUCCUUGACAAGACUCUUCAAGAAAAACAGACCCUCUCUACUGAAUUAAAGGAAGAAAGGGAAAGCAUCGCGAGAGAAGUUUCUAUUCUAUGCCAUGAGCUUAAGGGUUUGGCGGAUAAACAGUCUUUGUCUGCUGAUUAUGGAAAUCAGGAGGAAAUGGUGGCCGGUAAUGAUACUUCCUUAUUGCGUGAGAUGUUAAGUGAGUGCUCUCAGUUUGUCAAGGUUGCAUUGGAUGAGCGCUUACGGACUGAGGGGGUGAUAAGAGAGCUGAAUCAACAGAUCGAGGAUCUUACAGUGAAGGCUCAGGCGGAAGAGGGUGUUGAGGUUGUUGCAGACAGGCUGUUGGCUUCACUUGGCGUGGUGGUUAAUCCUGGAGAGUUGUUGGAUUAUUCAGUUAUGGGGAAACUGGCUCAUGUUGAGAGAAGUGGCUCUUUGUUAGUUGAGCAUUAUAGCUGGAUGCUCUAUGAAAUUGAUCAGCUUAGGGCGUGUUUAACUGAGGGAGGGUUUAAUUUUGAGGGGCAGGAGCUGUUUGGGCCUGCAUUGGUUUUUGCUGCUGCCCGUGGUGAGUUGGUGGAGCUCAAGAGAAAGGAAGUAGAGAUGGUGGAAAAACUAGGCCAUUUAGAGGAUGAAAGUAGGAAAUUGGUUGAACAGGUUGAGAAGGAAAAAAUGAUGGCAGAGGCAGCAAAUGUAGAACUUGGAAGAAUGAAGGUGGAACUUGAGCAGGAAAAGAACAGGUUUGCAAAUACAAAGGAUAAGCUUAGCAUGGCCGUGACCAAGGGAAAGGCAUUGGUUCAGCAACGGGAUUCACUAAAGCAUGCUCUGGCUGAGAAAACAAGUGAGCUUGACAAAUGUCUGGCUGAAUUGCAAGAGAAAUCAAGUGCCAUUGAGACCGCAGAGCUAUUUAAGGGCGAGUUGGUCAAAUGUGAGAACUUGGUGGCAUCAUUGCAGGAAACGCUUGCACAAAGAAAUGCAGUUUCGGAAAGCUUGGAAGUAGUUUUUUCUCAGAUUGAUGUACAUGAGGGACUUCAAACGAUGGAUGUUGUAGAGAAAUUGAAAUGGUUAGUAAAUGAGGUUACAUCACUGCAGGGAAUGCUUUCAGAAAAGAAUGCAAUUUUUGAGAACUUUGAAGAAAUUCUGUCGCACAAUAAUGUUCCCAAGGAGGAAACAGAUCUUAUUGAGAAGUUGAGAUGGCAUGUGAAUUUGACUUCGUCACUCGAGGAAACUCUUUCACAAAGGAAUAAAAUUAUUGACUAUCUUGAAGAAAGUUUUUCUCAGAUAAGUGUGCCUGUGGAACUUCAGUCAGUGGAUACUGUUGAAAAGUUGAAAUGGCUUGUCGAGGAGAGAAAUGCACUUAAGGAUAAUUUGCUGGAAUUCCACAAAUUGAAAGAUGCCUUGUCUUUAAUUGACCUACCUGAAACUGCUUCAUCCUCUGACUUGAAAACUCGAAUAGGUUGGCUCAAGGAAUCAGUUAACCAAUCAAAAGGUGAAAUAAAUGAGUUGCGGGAAGAACUUGCUAGAACAAAGACAUCUGCACAAAAUGAGAUUGACCAGUUAAGUGCUUUGCUUUCAGCAGAGUUACAAGAAAAGGAAUAUAUUAAAAUGGAGUUGGAUGUCUUAGAACGCAACUUUGAAGAGGUCCAUCAAGCCUCAUCCGAAAAGCAUCAGAUGGUGCAGAUGUUGUUAGAGCGUUCUGGAAUAACAACAGACAGUCUUGAACCCAAUCAGACUUAUUCUGAUCUGCCCAUGCUUGUCGAUAGAUGCUUUGGGAAGAUAAAAGAAGAAAGCAAUUCUUCUUCUGACACUUCUGCUGUUGCUGAAGUGUUCGAAAGUAUGCAGAGUCUCUUGUAUGUCAGGGAUCAGGAGUUGAUGCUUUGUGAGAAACUUCUUGAAGAAGACAUGCUGGUGAGAUCAGAGGUGAUUAAUCUGUCCGGUGAGCUAAAAGUGGCAUCUCUAGGACUUUCUGCAUUGAAGGAGGAAAAAGACACCCUGCAGAAAGAUCUUGAGCGUACGGAGGAGAAAUCUACUUUACUGAGGGAGAAGUUGUCCUUGGCAGUUAAGAAAGGCAAGGGAUUGGUUCAAGAUAGAGAAAACCUGAAACUUCUCGUGGAAGAGAAGAAAUCAGAAGUUGAGAAUUUCAAACUCGAGUUACAGAAGCAAGAAUCUAUGGUUACUGACUGCAGGGAUGAGAUAAAUAGAUUGUCUGCUGAUUUAGAGCAAAUCCCAAAGUUGGAGGCUGAUCUUGUUGCUGCCAAAGAUCAACGUAAUCAACUUGAGCAAUUCUUAUUGGAGAGCAAUAACAUGUUACAGAGAGUUAUCGAAUCCAUUGAUGGUAUUGUUCUUCCUGUUGCUUCUGAUUUUGAAGAGCCUGUACAAAAGGUGAACUGGCUUGCAGGGUACUUGAAUGAAUGCCAGCAGGCUAAGAUCCACAUGGAGCAAGAUUUGGAAAAAGUUAAGGAAGAAACUAAUAUUCUGGCUAGUGAGUUAGCAGAUGCCCAACGAGCAAUGAAAUCACUUGAAGAUGCAUUAUCAGCUGCAGAGAACCAAAUCUCUCAACUAUCUGAAGAGAAAGGGGAAAUGGAAGUUGCAAAAAGAACUGUUGAACUGGACCUGCAAAAGGCAAUAGAUGAAACAACUAGUCAAACUAGCAAGUUUACUGAGGCUUGUGCGACUAUAAAAUCACUUGAAGAUUCAUUGUCACUAGCAGAAAAUAAUAUUUCUAUGAUCACCAAAGAGAGAGAAGAGGUCCAACUGAGCAGAGCUUCUACCGAGGCUGAACUAGAGAAACUAAGAGAAGAUAUCACCAUUCAAACUAGCAAACUUACUGAGACAUUUAGAACUGUAAAGGCUCUUGAAGAUGCACUGUCUCAGGCAGAGACCAAUGUUUCUUUGCUGACUGAACAAAACAAUCGUUUCCACGAUGACAGAUCCAAUUUGGAGAGCGAGCUAAAGAAGUUAACAGAAGAAGCUGAUUCCCAGACUGGCAAACUGACAUCUGCCUUGUCAACUAUAAAAUCACUGGAGGAUGCAUUGUCGAAGGCGUCAAAUGAUAUUGCUGUGCUAGAAGAUGAAAAGAAGAUUUCCCAGCAGAAGAUUUCUAUGCUUAACUCUAGGUUGAACACAUGCAUGGAUGAAUUAGCUGGAACCAGCGGCAGCUUAGAAAGCAGGUCUGUGGAGCUCAUGCAUCACCUUGGUGAUCUUCAAAUUAUUAUGAAAAAUGAGAGUUUAUGGUCCAUGGUCAGACAACAUUUUGAGAAGCAGUUUGAGAGCUUGAAAAAUAUUGAUCUCAUUCUCAAUGACAUAACAGUACACUUCGUUGACACAGAUCUGGAAGCACUGAAAAGUUACUAUGUGAUGGAGGAAGAUUCGUGUGUGACAAAACCUUUUCCAUAUGACCUUGGCAAUAGGGUGAACAGUGGAAUUGUUAACGGUCAGGUGAAUGCAGUGGAUGUUGAUAACAUUCCCUUGUAUUUUAAGGAGACUGUUGAAGAGUUUCAGUUGAGAAACAAAAAUCUUGCAGAAAAUUUUGAAGGUUUCUCAAUUUUCACAAAUGAAUUUAUUGAAGCACUAUUGAGAAAAUUAAGGAUAAGCAGGGAUGCUGUAAGUUCUGUUUUUGAAAACAUGGGGUCUUUGAAAGAAAAAAUGAAGAAUUUGGAACUGCUUAAAGAGGAACAUGAGAAAACCAUAGCCAAAUUAGAACAAGAUCAAAAACUUUUGCUAUCUGCUUGUACUAAUGCCACUAGAGAACUGCAGUUUGAAGUUACGAACAAGCUACUGGAACUAAGCUCUAUUCCUGAGCUUGAAAAGUUGAACUGUAAUCCCAUUCAAGAAGCAAGUGAAGCUGGUGCAGAGGACACAGAGCAUCAGCAAAGGCUUGAUGAAAGAGAAUAUGCCAUGAUAGCAGAGAAGUUGUCAUUAGCUGCAACAAGAGUGCAAAAUCUGGCUAAACUGUUUGAGAGUUCAAGUAAUGUGGCAGCUGCAACAAUAGAAGACUUGCAGAACAAAUUGGUGGAAAGCACAGCAACUUCAGAAAAAGCCACAGAAAAAUGCGUUAUACUAAAAAAUAGGGUUUUGGAGUUUGAGACUGAUGUCGAAGCAUUACAAAAUUCAUGCAAAGAGUUGAGACUCAAAAUAAAAGACUACCAAGCUAUGGAGGAAAAGUUGAUGGAACAGGAAGCUGAACUGUCAGCUUUACAAGGUAAUCUGUUGGUGAAAGAUCAAGAGGCCGAAGAACCUCUCAUGUCUGCAUCGCAAUUGAAAACCCUUUUUGAGAAGAUAAGUAUAAUUGAAAUUCCUUUUGAAGAUUCAGAAGUAGGAGGUUUGGAACCUCAUAGUUCAGUUGAUGUAAAGAAAUUGUUUUACAUUGUUGAUAGCAUAAGUGAUUUGCAUAACCAAUUAAAUACAUUAUCUCAUGACAAAGAAGAGCUACAAUCAACGCUGUCAACAAGGAUUCUUGAAAUUGAGAAUCUGAAAGAGGAAACUGAAACCCAAUUUAGAAAUAGGCAAGACUACGAAAAGAUGAAGAAUGAAAUGUCUGAGCUAUUCUUUGGUUUAGAGAAGCUUAUUGAUAUAUUUGGAGAUCAUGGAUUUGUUGGGGAACAAAAAUCCUCCGGUGAGCAGGGAUUGCUGCCAGCGUUGGAAAAACAGAUCAUGGCCCUGCUCCUGGAAGUUGAUAAUUCAAAUUCCCAUGCUGAGGAACUUGAUAUAAAGUUACUUGGGAGCCAGAAAAUUAUAGAUGAAUUGUCAUCCAAGAUUAAAGUGCUUGAAGAUUCACUUCAAAGUAGAGCUGCUAAGCCAGAGAUUGUUCAGGAAAGGAGCAUCUUUGAGGCACCUCCACCUGCUGUCUCAGAAAUAUCUGAAAUUGAAGAUGCGGGACCAGUUGGAAAGAAUGGAAUAUCUCCUGUUGCCUCAUCUACUGCCUCAGCUGCUCAUGUGCGAACUAUGCGAAAAGGAUCAACCGACCAUCUUGCACUCAAUGUUGAUCUGGAAUCUGGUAGUCUGAUCAACCACGAGGAAACUGAUGAGGACAAAGGUCAUGUUUUCAAGUCUCUUAACACAUCAGGUCUCAUUCCGAAACAAGGAAAGUCAGCUGCAGAUCGAAUCGACAGCAUAUGGGUAUCUGGCGGCCGAGUACUAAUGAGCCGUCCCAGGGCGAGGCUAGGCCUUAUUGCCUAUUGGCUUUUCUUGCAUAUAUGGCUUUUGGGAACCAUUUUGUGACAAAGUCUGUGACCAUCUCCUUUCUGGACCACAGUUACAGCCUUAAGCGUCAGCAUAUGCAACUUGUAUCAUAGAUAUUUACCCCAUUCCUUUCGUUAUUGUUGUUCACAUUGAAAUUCUUUACCAUCAUUGAUCCCCUGCCAUCAUAUUUUAGGGUGCAGAGAAUCCAAUCUGCUUGUGGAAAAUAAUCCACGUUUGUUUAUACCCUUUUGUAGGAAAAAUUGAGAUAUAGCUUUGUGAGUGAUAAGAGGAAUGUGAAAAUUGGUGGUGACUAGUGGCUAACCUUGGUUUC